CUCUUUAAACAUAAGAGAUUCAUAAGUAUAUUAGUUUCUGAGAGAGAGAGAGUCUUAAUUGAUUAAUCCUGCUAUGAAUUCAGAGAAGCCUGUGAGUCCUGAGAUUUCAAGUGAAGAAAAUGAUCAUGAUCAAGAAGAUGACACUGGUGGAACCAAACGCUCUUAUGAGUGCACAUUCUGCAAAAGAGGCUUCACAAACGCUCAGGCUUUAGGCGGCCAUAUGAACAUCCAUAGGAGAGACAGGGCCAAGGCCAAGCAAUUCACACUUGAUGCUUCACCUUCAGUUAACAAAUUCAAUAGUAACAACAAUGAUUCCAUGGCCCUUCCCUUUGUCUCAGAAAUUAUGAACCAACCCACAAGGCCUAAUUACUCCCCUUUGGAGUCUCAGAUGAACUUUCAUCCACCACAUGCCUUUUAUUAUGAGUUUUGUAACUCAAGGUCUCAGCCUUUGAGUUUGAACAACCAAGAGCUUCGGGAUGCCAAUUUGAGUCUCCAAAUUGGUUCAAGUCAUGUUGAUGAUAAUAUCCAUCAAGUUAGGAGAGGAAAUCAGAAAGAGAGUGAAGUGGACUUGGAGCUCAGACUUGGCCAUGAUCCAUACUGAGAAACGGCUAUUUUAUAAUUUAAGGUUGGAUGCCUAGAAAGGUGUGUGAAGAAUCAGAACUAACAGUGAGGUACUGAGGUACAUAAAUUUUAUUGUUGUAGUUUACUAUAUCUUUAUGUAAGAAGUAGGAGUACUAAAGAAAAAGACAGCUAUAUGCUUAUAACCUUCUCGUGUGCACUAGCAUUUGAUAGUUGAAUAUAUGUGGAUAUAUAUGAUUGGAGCAGCAAUAACCUAGGGUUUUUCUUCUUUUGCUUGUAUUUCGUAUGCAUGUUUGUUCUUAUUAUUAUAAGAUACAAUUUACAGUGUUUAGUGUUAUAUUCAAUUAAUGAUAUUAAUUGUACUUUACUUGC